ACGUUUCCGGCAACCCUGUCGGUCGCUAUUUUGCGAUGCGUUUUCAUAGGUUUUGUAGGCGUGAGUCAAGUGAGUUUGAAGUCAAGUGAGUGAUGAUAUACUCGUCGUCGUAACUCGGUCUAUGGAGAUUAAAUAUUCACAACACCAGGUGUACCGGCUAACUAAAGACUAUACGAGAUGGCAGCAAGGUAUUCAGAAGCUGGUAUGCCAACAGUUGCAUCCAGCCAAGUGAAAGGGAAACAGCCGUCACAGACUGAAGUAGUUGGCGUUGUGAACGGAUAUGACAUGCAGAAAUCACCUCUGAUCUGUAAACAACAUCCUCAAGAUGUCAGUUCUGAUUCGGGAAUUGACUCUUCACCAAACAGUGGUAGCAAGACAGAGAAGCCACUAAUGUCACCUAGCAGGCAUGAUCCUGGAUACAGCCACAUUAAUGAAGAUGAUGAUGUUGGGCCACUAUGCUUCGUGGAGAUGCCAAACAAGAAGCUUUUCUGUACCUUGUGUAGCAAUGUAUAUAAAGAUCCAGUAAUAACCAUCUGUGGGCACACAUUCUGUCGCGUGUGUGUCACCAGCAAAAAGCAUGGAGACGUGUGUCCCGUUGACAACAGCAAGCUGUCGGUGGUCGUUGCGAACAUAGCCGUGUCUGAGCAGAUAGGCGAGCUGCUCGUGCACUGUAGGUACGGCUGCACGCGACGUGACGACGGCAGCGGCUGGCACAUCGACGCAUCAGGCUGCACGGAAACCAUCAAGGUGCACACGCGCAGGGAGCACGAAGAUGGAUGCGGGUUUCGGGUCAUUCAGUGUCCGAACAACCCGACAUGUGCGCCGGUGCGGGCGAUGGAUCUCGACGAUCACAUGAAGCACUGUGAGAAUCUGUCGUGUCCUCACGUUAAGUACGGGUGUGGGUUUUGUGGCACGGGGGAGGAGCUGGAGACGCACCUCGACACGUCGUGUCGUUUCGAGCCGCUGAAGGAGUUCAUGCAGCGCACGGAGGAGCGGCUUAACGAGAUGCAGGCCUCGAUGCAGCAGAAGGACCAGGAGAUCAGCUUCCUGCGCUCGAUGCUGGGCAAGGUGUCCGAGCGAGUUGAGAUGCUCGAUGUCAAGUCAGACCAGAUUGUAGCGAAGACAGCAGGUGAGUUGGACAUGACAAGAAGAGAUUGUGAUCUACUCAUGACGGAACUGGAAACUUUAAGGAGCAGCGUUGCGCAGACGCAGUACAGCAUGUAUGACCCACUGCAGGGCAUCAAUAAGUGCAAGGGCACCUUUGUCGGCCAUAUGGGCCCUGUCUGGUGCCUCUGCACACAUGGUGACUACCUCUUUAGUGGAUCAUCUGAUAACACAAUCAAGGUGUGGGACACAAGUACUACAUACAAAUGCAUCAAGACACUGGAGCGACACACUGGCAUCGUGUUGGCACUCUGCGUUUAUGGUAACAGACUGUUCAGUGGAUCAGCUGAUAACAUGAUUAACGUUUGGGACCUUAGCACGUUUGAAUGUGUUAGGACAAUCCAGGCCAAUGACAAUCAUGUGUGCACGUUGGUGCCAUCACACAACUGCCUGUUCAGUGGCUCGCUGAAAGUUAUUAAGGUGUGGGACAUCAAUACGUUUGAGCUGAAGACAACUAUAACUGGGAUUAACCACUGGGUUCGUGCGCUGGUCGCCUCUCAGAAACACCUGUACUGUGGCUCCUACCAGACAAUCACGAUAUGGGAUCUAGACAAGCUGGAAUGCGUGCACAUACUAGAGACCUCUGGUGGCAGUGUGUACUCGAUUGCUAUUACAAACCAGUACAUUUUGUGUGGAACAUACGAGAACUGCAUUCACGUGUGGAACCUCGAGUCGUACGAGCAGAUAUCGAAGCUGACUGGACACACGGGCACCGUGUAUGCUCUCACCGUGCUUAACACCCAGGCCGGCACGAAGGUGUUCAGUGCCUCCUAUGAUCGCUCGCUGCGGAUUUGGAGUCUGGAUAAUAUGCUCUGCACACAGACGAUGCUGAGACACAAGGGUAGCGUUACCUGCCUAGCAGUGUCACGUGGCAUGGUCUUCUCAGGUGGUGUUGACAGCACUGUCAAGGUCUGGGCUUGAAUCUAAGAAACCUGGCUCUCAUCAGUAUAGUAGUUCUGAUGCUGGCGUCACAAUUGCUGCAGGGCACCGUCUGUUUUCGAAUAUUGCUCAUCUGUCGAUUGAUUGCUGAUUGCUGGUUAGCAGAGUGUGAGAUUGCACGCAGUAUUUCGUAGUUGGUAUCUUCGUGUGUUGCUAAUCAGUCAUCAGGAGGUAUUCAGGACAUGGCGAUCAGCAACACGCACAAUAAGUGGCUGGUUACACUUAACGUCGUCUCUGACUCUGGUACUAUUUUAUCAGGGCGCUGAUUUAGUUUUUAUCAUAAAAUGCAUCUGCAUUGCAGCAGUACUAGUGGACUGUGCGUACGUAUUUGCGUGCGUGCGUACCUGCUCAUGUGCAUGCAUGUGUGUGUGCGUGCUUGCAGGGGCCCGUUUGAUAAAGAAUCUAUGAUCACUGGAAGCCGAUGGCUGAUAUCGUACUCUGUAUGACAAUUGAUGAAGCCACCAGCCUCACUGCACUGUGGGGCACUAGUGUUAUUUGAUGAUGGAAGAUAGAAGUAACAUAGGCCUUUUCUUUUGCCUGGCGUAUGACAUUUGUGGAUCACGGGCUGCCUGCUGCAGAGCCAAUGACGACUAUAUUUUUGUACAGUAAUUUUAUCUGCAUCUAGGAUUAUAGAAUUUAUAACAGCGUGUACAAUACGAUUUCGUACACUGUGUACGAGGGAAUGUUUUUAAUGCCAAGGUAAUGUGUUAUGGAAGUUAUUCGUGUCAUAUGAAUUUUUAUAUGUCAAGUUGAGAAUAGGCAAUAUAUUUUUAUCUUGUGUGUAUGGAAGCACUAAUCACAAAGUAAGAUGGGGGAGGUGGUGCUCAGGAGGUUGAUAUCCCAAUGCACGCGAGCCAUUGGGAAUGUGAAUUCUGUAAUCAAGCAAUGGUGCCAUUAACGAUUAAGGAUAGCAGGAGUAACUUAUUGUAGGGUAACUUGUCCAUCAGAUGGCCAGGCUGUUAUGUCGGUCUAUCUAUGGUUCAGUAAUCUAUGUUCACUAAUCUUGAGAUCAUGCCACCACCAUCGUACAAGCAUGCCGCGAAUGAAUUUAAUUGUUAUCUAGAAAAUUCUCUUCUGUCGUUGCAUGCGCACAAAUGAUUGUUUUCCUCAAAUCGUGAGAAAUCCUAGGUUGUCAGGGUAACGAUGGAACAAGACCAGCACGUAUGCUGAAGGCUUCCUCGGUAAGUGAGUCGCUCGCUAAUUGCUUUCAUUUUAAUUCUACACCUGUUCUCAUCAUAGAACGGUGCCAUCGUUGUGACUACGGGCGAGAGACUGGUUGCUAGGGAGCUAAGCUCCCAUCUCCGUCACUCUAAUGGGUUUUUGUAUCAGAAAUGUACAAAUGUGAUUGAAUCGCAGCUGAUCCGAAUUCUUAACGACCACACGAUUGCACUGCCCUGUUUUAAACUGGUUAAUAAAUCGCCUAUAACAAACUA